AUGCGUGUAGGCAGAGGACAAGGGCCUCGAAUGGCUCCGACAGAAGCACCUCAAGAUUCAGUGAGUGAUUUGAAUGCUACCAGAGGGCCAAGUUUCGAGCCUAGAGGACGUGGGAGAGGUAGAGGAAGAGCAAUGUUUGGUCGAGGUCGUGGGAUGCCAUUCAAUUCGAACCGAGACUUCGACAAUCAGGAUGGUCCAGAUCGUCAGGGCCCAAGACAAUAUGGUCGAAGAGAUGGAAAUUGGAAUGCUCAGGAUGUUGAUGGUCAAACAAUGCCUGAGAGUGGUGACUCGGAGCAAGUUGUUCGUUUCUCAGACGAUCGUAACGAAGUCGAGGACCAGUCAGAGCAUGCCACAGCGGAUAAUGAGGAGGGUGUGGUUGCCAACGCAGAAACCCCAGUUGAGGAAGAACCGAAAAGCUACACAUUGGAAGAAUACAAGGCCAUGCGCCAGUCUUCCAAACCAGCCAUCUUACUGAACAACAAAGGUCUACGCAAAGCUAAUGAUGGCAAAGAUGUGUUUGCAAACAUGGUGGCCCACAGAAAAAUACAGGAGGUCCACGAGGAUGUCUACGAGGUGGAGGAGAAGGAAAACGAGCCUGAGGAGCAUCAGUCGAUCGACAUUGAUUUUUCUUUCGCUGACAACUUUGGAAGCCGUAGAAGAGGUGGGCGAGGAUUUGAAGGCAGAGGGUUCGAUCGUGGGCGUGGUGUUACACGCGGUGCGGGACCAAGAAGUGAACGUGGGGGUCGAGGAAGAGGUCAGAUGAGGAGUGACGGGCGGGGUCGUGGUUUCGGCCGUGUUCUGCCUAUUAACGAUCACAUUCCACCCCCAGCAAUUUACAACGACCAGGAGUUCCCUUCCUUGAAGUGA